AUGGCUGACAAUAAUUACCAACCCCAAUCCACAGAUGUGAUCGACCAACUGGCAGAAUAUCGUAGAAGGCAAGCAGCUAGGUUUCAAGAGUCGGAAGAUGAAGAUGAGUCCAGAGUUACUGAAAGACAACAGUAUGAAUAUGAGGAGAUUAAGAAGGAUGACCCUCCUUUGUUACAGAAGUUCCCUGAACCUUCACUCCCGACUACAAAUUUUCCUAAUAAUGAUGAAAAUGAUGUUGAUUAUCUGCUUGCUCAGAAGCUUCAGGAUGAGGAGAAUCAAAGAAUUCCAGAUGAUGCAAACCAACCUUUUGAAGAAGAUGGAGUUCGUCCUGCAGAUAGCUACAGACAGGAAACAUUGAUUCCAGAUGCAUAUAAUGAAGAAUUAGAAAGACAAAACUUUUUAAGAGAGCAGCAGUUGUUAUUUCAGCAAUACAAUAAUAAUGGUAACAGACCUGGGAAUCAACCAGAUGCUCAUAACAUGGGUGGAGGGUUUCAAGACGCAGGAAACCCUUUCCUUCACAAUCAGAAUAAUAACAAUAUAAACAACACAAGCACUCAUCGGAGAAGAGAACUGCUGAAUUGUCUCAUCUUGUCAGGGUUGUUCAGCAUUCUAAUUGUAGCAAUGUUUUUGGUGCUUUUCUUCCUUAAAACUGACUAGGAAGAGAAAGAGCUCUAUUCGCCUUUCUG